CAACCCCAAUCCACAAAGUGACAAAAGCCAAGCCAGAGCCAAAGCCCAACUCUACUCCCUCCCUCUUCUUCUUCCUCCCCCUUCACCUUUUCCCAACUUUCCAACUUCUUUUUCACGAGCUAUCCCUGCAAAUAAAGCUAGGGUUUCUCUCUCUCUCUCUCCUUCUCUCUCUCUAUCUCUCCUACUCCGAAUCCAUUAAAGCUUCAACCUUUAAGGCUUUGACCCCUCCUAACUCACCUGUCGGUGCUCCAAUUCCUUCCCUCACUCCCCAAGUUCUCAACUUUCCACCACACCCAGAUCAUCUUCAUCAAACCCAUUUCACUUAUUUUCAAAGAGACUGAGUCUGAGAAGCUGCUAUUGGUUUUGGGUAUUGUUGUGGGUUCAAUAGACAUUCAGACAUUGCGGUCAGAAAAGCACAGAGAAGAAGCAUUAUUUCUUAAAAGUGGAAUCUUCGCAUUAUUUUUCCUACUUGUACUCCCUCCUUUAGCUUUAGUGCGUGUUUCUGUUGGCUUUUGCCCAAGCUUGCAUGUGAAGCAAUAUCAAAUGAGGACCGUGAUUGAAUUUUUGGGAGGUUGGGAGCUUCUAGAUCUUGCUCUUAAUCCGUGAAUUCGAGCUAGGCUUUUUUUUUUUUUGCUUUUGCAGCUUGGUAUUAUAUCAGAUCAGGGUUUUGUUUUUUCUCUGUUCUAUGGACUACAUUGAUGGUUUAGCAUUACAAAGUUUGAGUCUUUUCCGAUUUUGGAUUGGAAUCCAUGGUUGUAGAUAGCAACAUCUCUAGUAAGCAGUAAUUGGUGUGUGUGUGUGUGUUGAAUCAACGAGGUUGUAGUGAUGGAGGAUAUAGGGAUAUACAAGCAAGGCCUGAAAUGGCUGCAGUCUCAGAAGCAUGUUUAUUUUAGAUCGAAAACAGUUGUCAGUGGCUAUAGAGAUAAAAUGGGGAUGUUUGCAGAGCGGCAUUGGCCGAUGGUGUGCAGUGGGUGCUCCAGAAUGGGGCGGCUGUUGCUCUUGUUGUUGUGUUAUUGGAGGGACUGUGUUAUAAGAGGCUUUCGGUCAUUUAUAGGGUUUGGUUCUGCAGCUUUGCUUCUUAUAAUGUGGAGUUGCUUUCUCAGUUUGACUUCCAUGUCUUGCUUGGUUUAUGUACUUCUUAGUAUGGGAGCCGCUGGAGCUGCUGUUCAUUACUUGGGAUACACUCCCGGAAUUUUUAUUGUAGGGCUCUUCGCUAUUCUGAUCUUAUGGAUGUAUGCUAACUUUUGGAUAACAGGAACAUUAUUUAUAGUUGGAGGUUAUUUGUUCUCCCUUAAUCAUGCACGGUUGGUGGUCUUGAUGGCAACCGUAUAUGCUAUUUAUUGUGUCAAAGUACAAGUUGGAUGGCAUGGGGUUCUGCUCGCAAUAAACCUUGCCUUCUUUUCCAACGAUGUAUUAAAUUAUAUUCUCCAAUGGUCUGAUAAGGUGACUGAGAGCCCACAUUUUGAAGAGCAGAAACAAUCAGAAGAAGUUAUGGAAGAUGACUUUUCUACAGAGUGUGAUUACUCUAUUCCUACUGAUGAACCUGAAAAGGUGCACUCAUGUAAAUCAUCGAGCAAGCCAGCUACUUCAGCUGUCAUUAAUAUAGAGAAAGAAUCCUGUUCUAGUAGUAAGGUGGUCAAAGAGGAAACAAGUUCAGCUGAUGAGAUGCAAAAAAUACUAAGCAGUAUUAAUCAUUAUGAAGCACUGGGAUUUCCUCGCCACCAGAAAAUUGAUGCUGCAAUUUUGAAAAAGGAAUACCGGAAGAAGGCCAUGCUUGUGCAUCCUGAUAAAAAUAUGGGAAGUGCACUAGCAAGUGAGUCAUUUAAGAGACUUCAAUGUGCAUAUGAGGUUCUUUCGGAUUCCAUAAAGAAAAGAGAUUAUGAUGAGCAAUUGCGGAAGGAAGAAUCAAAGACUAAGAGCGUGUGCCAGACCUCUUAUGCUACUUCAGCUCAGGACGGUCCAGGUUAUUGUUCUGAAGAGUCGCGACGUAUACAAUGCACCAAGUGUGGAAAUUCUCAUAUAUGGGUGUGCACCAAUAGAAGUAAGACCAAGGCUAGAUGGUGUCAGGAUUGCUGCCAAUAUCAUCAAGCAAAGGAUGGAGAUGGAUGGGUCGAGUACAAAGGAUCCAUAGUCUUUGAUAGGCCUCAGAAGGUGGAAAUACCGCGAGCUUUUGUUUGUGCUGAGAGCAAAAUCUUUGAUGUGUCGGAAUGGGCAAUUUGUCAGGGAAUGGCAUGUAGGCCCAACACCCAUCGGCCUAGUUUCCAUGUAAACAUGGUUGGUUUGGAGAAAACUCAAAGAUCCCACUCAAGUAGAUUCCCAUGGGAUUUGGAUGCUGAAAUGAUGGAUGAAGAUGAAGAAGAAUUUGAGGUGUGGCUUCAGCAAGCUCUGGCCUCGGGUCUCUUUUGUGAGUCCUCAAAACGCCGAAAAAGUUGGGCUCCAUUCAAGUUUCAUCAAUUGGGGAAGAAGCAAUGGCGAAGAACUUCGUGCUAAUUAACUCUCCAAGGUUGUGCCAGAAAAACAUCUGCACAUCCCAUUGAGAAAAGGAUCUGACUAUUCUGGAAGCAAAUAGUGAGGAUUGUCAAGAUAAAGAUUGGCAGCCUUGCUGACUUUGAGAGAGGUGGGUAGGUAUCAAAUUAAGAGAGGCAAAUGGCUUGGUAUCUUAUGAUCAAAAAUGGAUAGACCCUUUGUAUCACUACCCCAAAGACAGGCAUAAGAGCUCAGGUUUUUGUUGCUUUUCUCAAGCAUUUAACCCUUUGUGUUCAAUCAAUUUGGGUAUAUAAUGCUUCCUACCCAAAUGAUGCAGCAAAAUCCACCAUCAACUGAGCCUAUUUGUACAUAUUCUUUUCUUAAUAAAAUUUCUU